AUGGAUAAAUACAUUAAAGUGCGGAAGAUUGGAGAAGGAUCCUUUGGGAAGGCAAUUCUUGUCAAAGCUAAAGAAAAUGGCCAACAGUAUGUUAUUAAAGAAAUAAACAUCUCUAAGAUGACGAAUAAGGAGAGAGAAGAAUCAAGGAGAGAAGUUGCUGUAUUGGCUAACAUGAAACAUCCAAAUAUUGUCCUGUAUAGGGAGUCGUUUGAAGAAAAUGGCUGUCUCUACAUAGUGAUGGAUUACUGUGAAGGUGGAGACCUAUUUAAAAAAAUAAAUGCCCAGAAGGGAAUCUUAUUCUCUGAAGAUCAGAUUCUGGAUUGGUUUGUACAAAUCUGUUUAGCACUAAAACAUGUACAUGAUAGAAAAAUCUUGCAUCGGGACAUAAAGUCACAGAAUAUAUUUUUAACCAAAGAUGGAACAAUACAGCUGGGAGAUUUUGGGAUCGCCAGAGUUCUUAACAGUACUGCAGAGUUGGCUCGCACUUGCAUAGGAACGCCAUACUAUUUGUCACCUGAAAUAUGUCAGAACAAACCUUACAACAAUAAAAGUGAUAUCUGGGCCCUUGGUUGUGUUCUCUAUGAAAUGUGCACACUUAAACAUGCGUUUGAAGCUGGUAACAUGAAGAACUUGGUACUGAAGAUAAUCUCUGGACCUUUUCCUCCCAUUUCUAUGCAUUACUCCUAUGACCUACGUAACCUGCUGACACAGUUAUUUAAAAGGAAUCCUAGGAAUAGACCAUCAGUAAACUCCAUAUUGGAGAAAAACUUUAUAGCCAAACGGGUUGAAAAAUUUCUCACACCACAGCUUAUUGCAGAAGAAUUCAAUCACAAAAUCUUCCAGAAGUUUGGACCGCAUGCUGCACCAGCUAAAAGACCAGCUCAAGAACAAAUACUGACUUCAGUUGCACCAGCUCAGAAAAUUACCAAGCCUGCUGCAAAAUAUGGAGUGCCUUUAGGGAUCAGGAAGCCUUGUGAUGCACCUAAAAAGCCUAAUGAGAAGAAGCCAUUGGCUAAAUCUAGACAGGCCUUUCCAAGUCCAAUGAAGAAAAUGAAUCCAGGAGAAGAAAGGAGGAAAAUGUUUGAGGAACCUUCAAAAAAGAAAAGGUUAGAAUUGCCUGAAAAAGAAAAACGCCAGAGAGAUCAGAUCAGUUUACUGAAGGCAGAUGAAAUGAGAAGAUUGGAAAAAGAAAGGAUGGAACGAAUAAACAGAGCCAGGGAACAAGGAUGGAGGAAUGUGCUUGGUUCAGGUGGAUGUGGUGAUGUUAAGGCACCAUAUUAUGGCGGUGGAGGUGGUGGUGGUCCUUUUCCUGUGUCUUCCAGAGGACAGUACGAACACUAUCAUGCCAUUUUUGACCAGAUGCAACAGCAAAAGGAAAACAUUAGAGUAGCUGAAGAGAGGGAAGCCAAAGUGAGGGCAAAAGUACAAGGCCGAGAAGUUGUUGAAAGAGGAAUUUCACCUGGAAUACGUCCAGGAGUUCCUAAGGGGCCUGCAGGUCAUCACCAUUUGCCUGAUGCUGGUGCAGUUAGGAAAAAAAUGAAAAGAUUGAAGGAAGUGUCUAAACAAGCCAAUGCAAACAGGCAAAAAGGGUGGAUAGCUGCAGAUAGAGCAAAGCAAGUUGAAGAAUUCUGGCAACGAAAGAGAGAAGCCAUGGAAAAUAAAGCUCGAGCUGAGGGACACAUGGGUACACUGCAAAACGUGGCAGAUAUCUAUGGAGGCAGGCCCAUUUCUGCAAGAGGAAGGAAAUCCAGAAACAAGGAGGAAGAGGAAUAUUUGGCAAGAUUAAGACAGAUCCGGCUACAAAACUUUAACGAACGUCAACAGAUCAGAGCAAAACUUCGUGGAGAGAAGAAUGAAGCUGCCGGUUCCGAUGGACAAGAAUCAAGCGAGGAAGCAGAACUGAAACGCAAAAAGUUAGAGGUGCAGAAGGCCCAAGCAAAUGCUCGAGCUGCAGUUCUGAAAGAACAGUUAGAGCGCAAGAGAAAGGAAGCAUAUGAAAGAGAGAAAAGAGCCUGGGAAGAACAUCUGAUAGCGAAAGGGGUAAAGAAUCCUAAUGUGCCUUUUCCUGUGGGAGCUACAGAACACAGUCCUGUGCAUGGACUACAAGAGCUCGGAGCAGCUCUUCCUAAGCCACAAAUUCCAGUGAAGCCUGGUACACCAGUCAUCUCCAUGACUUCUGCUUUGAAGGAAGUGGGUGUGGAUGAAAGUGUAACUGCUAUCCAGGAAGCUGAGGAGGAAAAAAAAAAGCCAGAUGUUGCAAUGCAAAAUAAACGAGAAAUACUGCGAAGAUUAAAUCAAAAUCUUAAAGCCCAAGAAGAUGAGAAAGGAAAAAAGGAGUGUGAAAAUAUCUCGGAAUCAGCUGGGUCUGAAGAUGAUAAGGAGCAACAAGAAGGAGACCUUCCACUUCUAGGAGAUCGCAAAAAAUGGGAAUCUGGGGCAUCUGAAUUGAUAGUUCCUCUAGCUCAGUUAUCAAUGGAAGAUUCUCUCUCUGGAACAGACCGUCAAACUCUGGGGGAAGUAAUUAGGUUAGAUCUUGGUGAACCCCACAGGAAAGUCUGGGGCAAAAGCCCUACUGAUUCAGUCCUGAAAAUCCUAGGAGAAGCAGAGUUGCAGCUGCAGACUGACUUACUUGAGGAACUAGAUGUAAGAAAUGAGCCUGAUGAUUUGGAAGCAGAGAUGUUGGAAGAAACAGAAGAUGAUAAAAAGCACCAGAGUAAGGAGAGUAAGGAAUUUCCCAUCACUGUUAAUGAAGUGUGGGUAAAAGAGAAAGAGGAUAGGGCACAACAUGACAGAAGAAAUGAGACAACUUCUGAGAAACUAGCGCUUGACGAGAUGCAACCACAAAAGGAAGCUCCAGAAGGAACUUGUUCCAGUGACUCUCUGCAACGUGAACCAUUAUUCCAGAGGGUAGUACAGCCCACAGCUGUACCAGCAGCCUCGCCAGUUCUGUCAGCUCAGUCUUCACUGGAAGAAACUUUUGUGCCUAAUUCACGUUCCAUAUCACCAGCAAAAAAUAAAGGCAAAAGUUCAUUGUUGAUUGGACUGUCUACAGGGCUUUUUGAUGCAAACGACCCAAAGAUGUUGAGAACAUGUUCGCUCCCAGAUCUUUACAAACUGUACAGAACUUUAGUCGAUGUUCCCAGCGUAGCAGAUGUGCAGCAUCAGCAUAAUCUUGAAACAGAUGAUACGGAAGAUGAGCAAGCCAAAGAAGGACCCUCUGAUUCUGAGGAUAUUAUGUUUGGGGAGGCAGAUACAGAUUUGCAGGAACUCCGGGCCUCGAUGGAACAGUUGCUUAGGGAGCAGCCUAGCGAGGAAUUCAGUGAGGAGGAGUCAUCUACUUUAAAGGCUAAUGUCAUCGAAUGCAUAACAAAUGGUACAGAGCUGGAUGAAGGAGAUGAAAAUAACCCCAGCAGUGAAAGUGCACUUAAUGAAGAAUGGCAGUCAGAUAAUAGUGAUGGAGAGAUUGCCGGUGAAUUUGAAGAAUGUGAUAGUAUCUUCAGCCAUUUGGAAGAGUUGAGAUAUAACCUGGAGCAGGAAAUAGGCUUUGAUAAAUUCAUUGAAGUUUAUGAGAAAAUAAAGGCUAUACAUGAAGAUGAAGAUGAAAAUAUUGAUAUUUGUUCAACCAUAGUUCAGACUAUUCUUGGAAAUGAACACAAACACUUGUAUGCCAAAAUACUUUACCUAGUAAUGGCCGACGGAGCCUACCAAGAAGAUAAUGAUGAAUAAACCUGACUCAGGAAAUUCCUUAAUGCCGUACUACGUAUCGGUGUUUGAAGUCUGCACAGCUGAAUAACAAACUGUGGAGAAUGUAACAUGGGGCAGGAGAAGCAAGACUUCAAAAAAGAAUGUUGAUUGUAUGAAAAAGAGGAGAACCAUGCCUUUUAAAACUGAAAUACCUAUACACUUCUCUUGUGUGUACUUGCAUAUGUGUCCAUUGAAUAUUAGAUGCCCAAAAUUUCAAAACAAAACAAAAUAAAAAAAAAC